UUGCGGAGCAAGCAGACAUCGAGCUUGCUGCUUGACGCGACGCCAGCAGCCAUACCCCGCGAUGCGUUUCCAUGCUGCACUGAGCCUUGCAGCUUGUCUCGCGCCCGUGUCGGCCAUUUUUGAGGACGAUGCCUAUCACAUUGACUUCCACUAUGCACUUUUAGGCCUACCAAAGCACGAUGGUACCUUCUUUCAAAGACCAUAUGGUGGCUCGAAGGCUUCCCUACUAUAUUCGAUCUCGGAAAACCAGACAAUCGGCGCGAUCAAUCCCAAAGACGGCGUGCUUGUUUGGCGACAACAUCCUGCGUCAGAACCCCGCGGGAAAGGCCACCUAAGAGCAGCCGACGAGCAGGAUACAGUCAUCAGCGCCGUAGGCAACCGAGUUGCAGCUUGGAGCUCAUCAGACGGCAGGCUGGUAUGGGAGACAAAUGUUGAUGGGGCAGUUGUGGAGGACUUGGAGAUCCUGGAACAGGAGGAUGGCAUCACGAAGGACCAAGCCAAGGAUGCCAUCGUUCUUGUAUCUGGUACCAGUCAUGGCGUCAAAAGGCUCGAUGGGAAGACUGGCCGUGUGAAGUGGACCUACGAGGACACCAGCAACGACACGCCCUUCCAAAUAUCCACCUCACCUACGACGAUCUAUUACAUCUCACUACACUCUUCGAUAAUUGGUUCAGGCUCGAAGCUGAAGAUCACUUCCCUCAGUCCCAUCACUGGCAAGAAGCUCGACCAGUACACGCUAAGCUCUGACGCCGAGAUCACAUCAAGGGAUCACAUUGUUUUCGCUGGAGCGAACACUGCGGCACCUAUACUUGCGUGGACCGACAAGACCAACAAAGUUCUCAAGGUCAAUAUCAUUGGCACGAAGACGGUGGCAAGCUUCGACACGCCUGGGAAGAACCCUAUCGAGAAAGUGGUUUUGCACGCACCAGGGCACGUCAACUCCCAAGCGCAUUUCCUCGUUGAGUAUCAGACUCCUUUUGGACACUCUGCAGAGGUCUAUCACGUCGAUCUCAAGAGUAACAGUGUAUCAAAGGCGUACAGCCUUCCUGAGCUGGACGGGAGGGGAACGUUUGCUACUAGCACAACUGAUGCCAACGUCUACUUCACCAGAAUUACCGAAGAUGAGAUUCUCGUAGUUUCCUCGGCCUCUCAUGGCAUACUCGGUCGUUGGCCCACAGCGAGGUCGCCUGCUUUGGCGGGGGCAUAUCCGGUACACGCAAACUCAGAGGUAGUCGUCAAAUCUGGAGCAACGACUGCCGCCAGGUCAGCUGUGCUGUUCUCGAACGGACAGUGGGCCCUGAUUCUCAAUGGUGAGAUUGCUUGGACUCGGCCCGAGUUCUUGUCCCAAACUUCGUCUGCUGUGUGGGCACGUCUACCGGAGGUCGAAGCUCUCGCAGCCGAAUUAGAAGUCGAGCGCCACCAGAACAUAGUUUCAGCUUACAUUCACCGAGUCAAGAGGCAUAUUCAAGACCUCGAGCACUUUCCAGCAUGGGCACAGAGCCUCCCACAGCGUCUCCUUGGGAACGUUGUUGGUAAGCCGAAGCAAACUACUGUCGAUGACAUUCAGCAGGAUACGUUUGGCUUCCACAGGCUUGUCAUUGUUGCGACUGAGAAAGGUCGUCUUGCGGCACUGGACGUAGGCGCUCGUGGCAAGGUGCUGUGGAACGUGCACCUUACACAAUUCGCUGAUACAGUAUUCGAGUAUCCAACCCUAAGGGCGCACAGUGGCUACGUUGAGGUCAGGGACCCAAGCUUUCAGGGCUCGCUGUUCAUCAACGCCACCACAGGCGGCACGGCAUCUUACGUCAACCUCCAUUUACACGGCCCUCUACUUGCUGAAGGCCAGAAGCUUGUGUCUUUUACCCUUGACAAUGGUGCCCUCGUAGGGUCUUUGGUCAACGAAGCGAGCACUGAAUCUGUUUGGACCUUUGAACCGCCGAGUGGUGAGCGCAUAGUCGGAUAUACCACCCGACCCGUCGAUGAUCCUGUUGCUUCUAUUGGUAACGUUCUUGGUGACCGAAGAGUACUCUACAAGUACUUAAACCCGAACCUCGUGUUAGUUACAGCGGUAUCUGAGUCCGCACGUACCGCCUCGGUCUAUUUGCUGGACUCUGCUUCCGGCCAGCUGCUUCACACCAUGUCACACUCUGAUGUUGACACUUCUCGGCCAAUCCCUUCCACCAUCUCGGAGAACUGGUUUAGCUAUGCUUUAACCAUAGACUCUACCGCUUCUCCAGAAUCUCGUGGCCACCAGCUCGUUGUUUCCGACCUUUACGAGUCCCCACUACCGGACGAUCGUGGCCCGCUGGGUGCUUCAUCUAACUCUUCGGCUGUGAAGCCGUCGAGUUCCCAGGGCGACGCAUCAAAGCCGUAUGUGUUGUCGCAGAGCUACCAAAUUGCAGCGGAGAUUUCGCACAUGGCGGUGACUCAGACAAAACAAGGCAUCACUAGCCGCGAGCUUCUCAUUACCAUUCCAUCAACGAACUCCAUCGUCGGUGUUCCUCGCCAGGUCAUCGACCCACGACGUCCGAUUGGCCGCGACCCUACGCCGCAAGAACAGGCAGAAGGCCUCGCCAGAUACGCUCCUCUUCUCCCUCUCGACUCGAAGUGGCAUCUUACUCACAAAUAUGAGGUUUUGGGUAUCAGGGAAGUCAUCACAAGUAAAAGCGGUAUUGAGAGCACAAGUUUGGUGUUCGCUUACGGCCAUGAUAUAUUUGGCACUCGGGUUGCCCCCAGUUUCGCAUUCGAUAUUCUGGGUAAGGGUUUCAACAAGAUUCAGAUGCUUCUUACUGUCGCUGCAUUGUUUGUAGGCGUCUUAUUCGUUGCUCCCUUGGUCAGGAGAAAGCAGAUCAACUCUCUCUGGACGAUACCCUAGAUUUUCCAAGCGUACUAUGUCUCGGCGUGGCUUAAGAGCAAAUGUAUCAUACUUUGCUUAUCAGUUCAGACACAACUGUUCAGACGGACUUGGAUUGACCAGCGGUCAUAUUUCUAAAGAGUGUACUACCAGAUGGCAUGAUGUCAUACAUACGCGUAGGUCGACAAUAGGAGAAGUGGGUGUUGCAAUUCUGUCGCAGCUAGCCAUAACACCG